AUGUCCUAUCAGAUGGAAUCAGUUCUUAAAAAUUAUGGAUUCAGUGCUGGUCAUCUUUACCUCAGUGAGGAUGGUGUGUCAAUCUUCCCAUUUGAUACAGAGAAUUUUUCUGAGGUAGAUGGGAUCCCUCCAGAGUUUUCAAGUGACAGUGAUUCUAUGAAGAUGAGCAAUACAAUAAGCAACGCAAGUAUCACCAUCUCAGAAUUUAUACUGCAAUGUGCCAUUGAAUCGAACCAUAAUAAUGUUAUGAUUUGUAUUCUAAUGUUCAUCUACUUCAUAUCGAUGUUUGGAAAUCUAAUGGUGAUUGUGGUAAUAAUCCUGAAUCCUCAACUCCAUGCUCCAAUGUAUCUUUAUAUUGGCACCUUGGCGGUAAUAGACUUAGCAAACAGCUCAAUUCUUGUGCCAAAGAUGGUGUCUGUCCUGCUUGGCUCUCCAGUGGUGCCUUAUGCAGCCUGUGUGUUGCAGAUGGUUCUUGUGCCUCAUGUUGAAGAAAUGGAAUCCUUUCUCUUAGUCUUUAUGGCCUUUGAUCGCUAUGUAGCCGUUGUUUACCCUUUACAAUACCCUUCUGCCAUUACCAAUAAAAAAGUGGGCAUCGGUGUCUUAGUAUCAAAUAUUUUUGGCAUAGUUUUGAAGUUGCAUCUCCUCAUUUUUGUUAGUGAGCUUUCAUUUUGUCGUACCAAUAUCCUUCCUUUCUGUUUCUGUGAUUAUGCUACUAUGGUCCACAUGUCAUGUAAUGAAGAACCUAAACACUUAUCAUCCUUGUCUACUAUUGUAGCUAUCUUUGCUGUCUUCCCACUUAUUUUCAUUUUCAUAUCAUACAGUAGGAUUGCUAUUGAAGCUUUAAAGAUUUCUUCAGCAGGUGGAAAAGGAACAGGUGUAAGAAUAACAAGAGAAACUUACAAUGUCAUGUUUAUACUUGGAAAUGCAGUGCCAUGUAUGAUGAACCCCAUUAUCUACAGUUUUAGGAAUAAAGAAAUAAAUAAAAGCAUUCAGAAACUGUUUGCUAGGGAAAGAUCAACUCUUAUGAGGAGGAAAUAA